AUGGAGAGACAUUUGAUGUCAAAGAAGAUCACGGAGCUGAACAAUGUUCUGGAGAAAAUCAAUGGUGCGACGAAUAAAGUUAUGAUCGAGAUGGACAACCGAGUGGAUGAUCUCAACAGGGAUUGGCAAAAGCGGCUGCAGAGCCAAAAUUUCAAAUGGAAAGACCGGAUCAGCGCCCUCAGUAAUUAUGACAACAGGUUGGCAGUGAGAGUGGUGAAGCAAUCUGUUACUUAA